UUAGAAAUAGAAGCAGGGCCACAGAGAGCGAGAGCAGCUUCAAUUUGGCGGCUCCUCCUUCUCCGCCGCCGUACGCCGGUGAAGCAACGAGGAGGUAGAGGCCGAACCGAAGCUUCUCGAUAUAUCUAUAUAUAUAGAGAGAGAGAGAGAUAGAGAGAGAGAGAGAGAGUGAAGAUGUCAGACCUGGACAGACAGAUAGAGCAGCUGAAGAGAUGCGAGCCCUUGAAAGAAUCAGAAGUGAAGGCUCUUUGCCUCAAGGCCAUGGAAAUCCUCGUUGAAGAGAGCAACGUUCAGCGCGUCGACGCACCUGUCACCAUAUGUGGAGAUAUCCAUGGGCAGUUUUACGAUAUGAAAGAACUUUUCAAAGUUGGAGGCGAUUGCCCAAAGACUAACUAUUUGUUCCUUGGAGAUUUUGUUGACAGAGGAUUUUACUCUGUUGAGACAUUUCUGCUUCUACUAGCCUUGAAGGUCAGGUAUCCCGAUCGUAUAACACUCAUAAGGGGGAAUCAUGAGAGCCGUCAGAUAACACAGGUAUAUGGAUUUUAUGAUGAGUGCCUCCGCAAGUAUGGGUCAGUGAAUGUGUGGAGAUAUUGCACUGAUAUAUUUGAUUACUUAAGUCUGUCUGCUCUUAUCGAGAACAAGAUAUUCUGUGUUCAUGGUGGUCUUUCUCCUAACAUUUCGACAUUGGACCAGAUUCGAACAAUUGAUCGGAAACAAGAAGUACCCCAUGAUGGUGCUAUGUGUGACCUCCUAUGGUCAGAUCCAGAAGACGUAGUUGAAGGUUGGGGUUUGAGUCCCCGUGGUGCUGGUUACCUGUUUGGUGGCAAUGUUGUGAGCAAUUUUAACCAUGCAAAUAACAUUGACUAUAUAUGCCGUGCCCACCAGUUGGUUAUGGAAGGCUAUAAGUGGAUGUUCAACAACCAGAUUGUUACUGUGUGGUCAGCCCCAAAUUAUUGUUACAGAUGUGGGAAUGUAGCUGCAAUACUUGAGCUGGAUGAAAAUCUUCACAAGCAGUUUCGUGUGUUUGAUGCAGCGCCACAGGAAUCAAGAGGGGCGCCUGCCAAAAGACCUCCCCCAGAUUACUUCCUUUGAAGUUGGGGUUUUGCAAGUGGAGGCAUUUUAUCACUAAACCCAGAACAUACAAAGAGGCAAAUGGUAACCUGAUGUUACCACUCAAAGCAGAAUGAAGGCCAGACUCUUACAAAUAUAUGGUAGGUGCUACAGGUGACUAUCAGGAACAAAACCCUGCUGGAUUCUCGAACGGAUCAGUUCCGCUCGGCUCUAUGGGUGUCCUUUGUCGUUUAUAGUUCCAAUUUUGUGGCGAUCCUGUUAUCACCCCGUAGUUACAUCUUGUUUUGCAUAUACCAUAUCGUGUGUCAAGUGUCAAUUGAUAACUGAGAUGCAGAUAGAACCAUGUAAAAGGUGACCGACGAGCGACAGAACUUGAAAGCAGAUUCAAACAAUCUGUUCGCGAAUCGGGAAUGCUUUCUUGUUUCUGUUUUCGGUUCAUGGUCUUGGAGUCUAAGAAGAUGGUUUGUGUUUUAUUAUAGUGAAGAAAGUAAUUUAUGUGUGAA